AUGGUGAAAAAAGACGAUGAAAUUAGUAUUUCAUCGGAAACGAAGGGUCCGGUUAAAAGUUUCGGAGCAUUAAUGGGCGAAGGUGAAAAGUUUUCACGUGAUAAACUAUAUACAAAAGCUGUCCAAUGUUAUACAGAAGCUCUUGAUCUCCUCCCGCCUGAUGAUGACAAAUCUAGUCCAAAGGAUACAAAUGAUCGUCUUCAAGGAUUAGUAGCUCGUUCAGCAUGCUAUUUAAAAAUUGGCAAAAAUGACUUAGCAUUACAAGAUGCUGAAGAGUCGUUAAAACGAAAUAAAGAAUACUCAAAAGGUUUAUAUCAGAAAGCCGAAGCACUCUAUGCAACUGGUGAAUUUGAACUAGCCUUAAUGUUUUAUCAUCGUGGUAAAAAAUUACGUGGAGAUUUAAAAGAAUUUCAACUAGGAAUAAAUAAAGCUCAAGAAGCAAUCGAUAAUAGUGUUGGUGAUCCAAAUCGUGUUAAACUUGAAGCCAGUGGCGAUCUAUCCUAUUUUUACAAAAAUGACGAGAAAAAGAAGCAACCAGUUGGCUAUAUUCGACCAUCUCAGAAAAAAGAGACAACUAUUCAACGAAAACCACGUCAAACAGUAUCUAAUCCAAAGACAACAAAACAACUAUUAGGUGAUUUAUAUGCUGAUCGCGCUUAUUUAGAAAGUUUGAUUAACGAUAAUACUGUAACAAAACAGAAUACAAAAUCUGGCGAUGCUAUUUAUCAAUUGGCUAGUGACGGUUUAGACUAUCUAGAUAGUCGUACAGACUUUUGGCGUCAACAACAACCGUUAUAUGCGCGACCCAAAAUGGUUAAACGUCAAGGUGGCGAUGAUGAACCAUUAAAACAUAUCCGACGUGAACUGGAAGCAAUCGAUGAUUUGCAAAAUAUGGAUCAAUUUCGUGAUGCUCAACGUCGUGCACAUAAACUACAAGAAUAUAGUGAACGAUUAGAUGAACGAAAAUAUACAGAAAAAUGGUCGGUUUUAGCCGAUGUACAAAGUCGUCUCGGUAAUGCUUAUCUAGAAUUAGGUGAUUACGCAAAAUCAUUAGAUCAUCAUAACAAAGAUUUAAAACUUUCCGAAACAAGAGGAUUUGAAGAUCGUCAAUCACGUGCUUUGGAUAAUCUUGGUCGUGUAUAUGCACGUAGUGGUCAAUUUGCUCAAGCUAUACAAGUAUGGGAAAGAAAAAUACCGUUAGCCACAUCACCAUUAGAGAAAGCAUGGCUCUUUCAUGAAAUAGGACAAUGUCAUUUUGGUUUAGGUGACUACGAACGAUCUCAAGCUUAUGGUAACCGUUCAUUUACUGAAGCUGUAGAAGUGAGUGAUCCAGUAUGGCAAUUAAAUGCCAAAGUACUUGUUGCACAUAGUCAAACAAAAUUAAGACAAUAUCGUGAAGCAGAAAAAACGUUUGAUGAAGCGUUGGUAUUAGCAAAGGAUCAAAAAGUUAAAACAUCUCCAAACGAUGUUGCGGCUGAACGAGCAAUCGAACGUGCUGUAAAAGAAGUUAAAGAAAAAAUUGCAAAAGGCGCUGCUGAUUCUGUACCAGAUCGAGAAGAAAUCACCUAUGAAAUUAAAGUAAAGAGUAAUGACAAUAUUGCCUAUGAAAAUGAAGAUGGACUUGUCAAAUUGAGUAUCUAUGGUGAUAACGGUAGUUCAGGACAAAUUGAAUUGAGAAAUGAAAAUGAAGAAGCAAUCAAAUUUAAUCAUUCAAAAACGGAAACAAUAAAGAAAAAAGCAUCGGAUGCUGGAAAGAUUACAAAAGUCACAUUAACAUGUGCGAAUAUUCAAUCGUGGUGGCUAGACAGUAUAGAAAUACACGAUCUAAAACGAAAGUCAAAACACAAAUUUCCAUUCAAUCAGAAUAUUGACAGUGCGACUCCACACACAAUCGAUCUAUUUCAGGAAGGAACCAUUGUAUCACCAGCAGUCGUUGUUCGAGGACCAAAUGCAGAAAAAAGAAAAACACCUGCAUCUAAAGAUCAGCCAAAUGGAAAAAAAUCCGAUGUCAGUAGUGUUCCACCAUCAUCAAGAAUAUCAGAUUCAAAAGAUAAAAAGAAAGAUGAUCGAGCGACAAAACCUGGCGAUAAAACUAGUGAUAAACCUAGCGAUAAAACUAGCGACAAAACUAGCGACAAAACUAGUGAUAAACCUAGCGAUAAAACCAGCGACAAAACUAGCGAGAAAACUAGUGAUAAAAAUAAGAAACAACCAUCGGUAGAAAAAAAUGUUGAAUAUGUCAUCAAAGUUGAAACUGGCAAGGUUCAACUAGCUGGAACAGACGCAAAAGUAUCUUUGAUAAUAAUAGGUGAAAAGGGUUCAACAGAUAAAAUUAAUUUGGAAACAUCAGAAACAAAUAAAAAUCCGUUCGAAAAAGGAUCAAAAGAUGUAUUUCGAUUUCAAUUGCCAGAUGUUGGAGAAAUUAAAAAAAUUAAUUUGAGUCAAGAUGGAGAAAAUGCUUUGAGUGGAUGGUUUUGCACUUCUGUAUCAAUUACUGUUACAUCGGCUCCCCCAAAACGAUAUUUCUUUCCUGUUGACCGUUGGCUAAGUCAAACUGAUGGAGACAAAUUGACAAGUUUUGAACUUCUACCAAAUCAAAGACCUAAUGAAACAGAAAAAGUGAUUGAAUAUGAAAUAUCUGUUCAAACGGGUAAUGAACGUUCAUCUGGUACUGACGCAAACGUAUUUCUUUCGUUGUAUGGUGAUAAAAAUAACAUACUUAAACAUCAAUUAAAAAAGCCUGAAAGUGACAAAGAUCCAUUUGAAAAGGGUCAAAAAGAUGAAUUCUAUUUUACAGAUAUUGAUAUUGGAAAAUUAAAAAAAAUUAAUAUUCAACAUGAUGGCACCUCAACGGGAUCUGGUUGGUACUUGGAUAAUAUCUCAGUUAAAUUACCAGCUAGAAAUGAAACAUACAAUUUUCCUGUGGAUCGUUGGUUGGAUGAAAGUGAAGGUGACAAGAGAAUAAGUCUAGAUUUAGAACCAAAUAAAAAACCAACAAAUAAAGUUGAGGAACCAAAACCGGAAAAAUCAGGUAUAGAAUAUAAAAUAACAGUAAAAACGGGUGAUAAGACUGGUGCGGGCACUGAUGCCAAUGUUUAUAUAAGUCUAUAUGGUGACGAAGCGAAAGUAGAACGUUUACAAUUAAGAGAAUCUGUUGAUAAAAAACUAGAUUUAUUUAAAUCAGGAUCGAAAGAUGAAUUUCAAUUCAAUGAAUUAGAUGUAUCAAAAAUAAAAAAUAUUCGUAUUGAGCACGAUGGAACAGGAAUUGGCGCCGGAUGGUAUUUAGACUGGAUUGAAGUUUGUAUUGUACCUCGUAACGAAACAUACAAAUUUCCUGUUGACCGAUGGUUAGAUACAGGAGAAGGAGAUCGUCUUUUAGCACUCGAUCUUCAACCAGAUAAACGUCCUGGACAACAAAAAGAUGAUGUGGAUGAGAAAAAAGAUGAUGACGAAGCAAAAGUUGAAUAG